AUGGGCAAGCCAACAUUUGAGCUGGCCGGCCGCGAGUGGCCUAAGGUGUCGUGGUGGCAGAUGAAGGGCAUGCGCAGUGUCUACAUUUUUCUGUGGGCCGCGAUGUUGACUUCAGCUACCAAUGGAUAUGAUGGAUCUCUUAUCAACGGUCUGCAGAAUAUCACCGCGUGGCAGGAGUACUUCCACCACCCAAGCUCGUCCACUAUGGGUCUAUUGACAGCCUCCAUGUCAAUUGGCUCCAUGCUUGCCAUUCCGAUAGUUCCAUACACCGCAGACUUGCUCGGCAGACGGGCCGGUGUCGUUAUCGGAUGUAUCAUCAUGCUCGUCGGCGUUGCCCUAUUGUCGAUGGGUUUCCAUAUUGCCAUGUUCAUCGUCGGUCGUCUCAUGCUCGGAUUCGGCGUCGCCAUUGCCCACGGGUCCGCUCCUCUUCUAGUUGCCGAGCUUGUACAUCCUCAGCAUCGUGCCAUUUACAGCACGAUUUAUAACACACUUUGGUAUCUUGGUUCACUGAUUGGCGCAUGGGUGUCGUUUGGCACCGAUCAGAUGAACGGCAACUGGGCAUGGCGUGUUCCUUGUUUGCUACAAGCUAUUCCUUCGCUUGUCCAGAUUUGCUUCAUUUGGUUCGUGCCAGAGUCACCCAGAUGGCUGAUCUCCAAGGGCAAACCUGAGCGUGCCCUGAAAGUCCUCGCAUACGUUCAUGCUCAAGGUGAUGAGAACGAUGAGUUGGUGCAGGUUGAGUAUCACGAGAUCCAGCAAACUAUCUCCCUUGAGCAAGAGUAUGAGAAGAACGCCUGGAGCGAACUGUGGUCGACGCCCGGCAAUCGCCACCGUCUUCUGAUUCUUGUCAGCAUCGGUCUGUUCUCACAAUGGUCUGGUAACGCGCUUGUGUCCUACUAUCUUGGAGGCGUUCUGGAGAAUAUUGGCAUUACAGACGACAAGACCAAGCUGGAGAUCAACGGUUAUCUUUCCAUCGUGCAGUUGGUAUCUGCUGUUGGCAUAUGUUUCUUCGUUGACAAAAUUGGUCGUCGUCCGCUAUUCCUUACCUCCUGCAUCGGUAUGCUCAUCUCUUUCGUCGUUGAGACGAUCGGCUCAGCCCAAUAUGCCAAGACCGAGAAUCGCGCAGCUGGCAAUACUGUGAUCGUGUUCAUCUUCCUGUACUUCAUAUUCUACAACCUCGGCUUCUGCGGUCUGCUUGUAUCAUACUCGACAGAAAUUCUGCCAUACAGAAUUCGCGCCAAGGGUCUUACUGUUAUGUUCUUCUUUGUUGACCUCGCCUUGUGGUUCAACCAAUACGUCAACCCUAUUGCUCUCGACAACAUCGGCUGGAAGUACUACAUUGUGUACAGUGCCUGGAUUGCCUUCGAACUCUUCGUUGUGUGGAAGUGGUUCAUCGAGACUAAGAACACCCCUCUCGAGGAAAUUGCCAAGUACUUCGAUGGCGAUAGUGCCAUGGUCGGCGGCGGAGCCGCUUCCGAAAAGGCUCGCCACUUGGCUGCCGACGACGAUGCUGUGCCCACUGCCACAGAGACUAAGGGUGAACACCCAAUUGUCGAGCACACCACCACCACUGGCGAUAUUCGUGCUUAA